CUUCCGGCGCGGGGUGGGGGUGUCAGUUGUUGUCACUUUGAUGCGAGAGGUGAAUUUAUUUGUGUGGUUUGUCAUCGCAUCUCUCGCUCUACGAUUUUUAUCGAGUAGUUUGUCGAUAUGUUGCUGUGAAAACGACGCGCCGCUUUUAGCGAGAAGGAGGAAUUGUCGGAGGGCCGGGGGUCCGAGUCCAACAUUUGAAGCUGUGGGCGGUGAGAGCGGUUGACGGACUGGGUCUGUCUGAGGCGGACAGCUACCACCUCAGGAUUCCUCUUCCUUCACUACCACUCGGCUCGCAGGCGGGACAGGUUUCCAUUUGAUACUGGCUGCUCAGUACCUUUUUUGCUGGCUCCUGAAUCAAGCGGGACAGAGAUAAUCCAAACCGUUCGCCGCGAUUGUGGAGGUGAUAUUGAAAAUAAAUGAGCAACAUUCUUUGAAACUGAUAUUAAGCAAUGCCUCCAGUGCGUCGAUCAAGGAGUGGCAGUCCAGAUUCUUCAGUUAGUCCAAAGAGAAAACGGCAUAACAGCAGCAGUGACAGCAGAACUCCAAGUCCUCCGGCAAAAUAUAACAGGCACCAUUCGGGACAUGGCAAAUCUCCAUCAGUUGACAAAAAGCUGAGAUCCAGAUCUAGGUCGAGAGAAAGGUCAAACUCUCACAAGCAUCAAAAUGGUGUACACCAUAGUCAUUCUAGGUCAACAUCAAGAGAUCAAAUUUCUCGUUCACACCAUGGGCACUACAACAAGCUGCAUAUGGAAUAUUAUGGAAAAGAGCAAGAAGACUUACUCCGGCAGAGACACAAUGCUUUUAUUGCCAGGCGGCUGAAGGAAAGAGAGCGAAUUGGAGAACUUGGGGCACCUGAAUUGUGGGGGCUGUCUCCAAAGGUCCCAGAACCAGACUCUGAUGAGCAUACUCCAGUCGAGGGUGAGCAAGCCAAGAGCAGCAGUUCUGAUUCCAGUGCAGAAGAGGGGAAAAAGAGAAAAAAGAAAAAAAAGAAGAAUAAAAAGAAGAAAUCAAAGAAAAGAAAGCAUAAGCAUUCAGAAGAAAGUGAAUCAGACUCUAACAGUGAAAAUGAAAGUGAUCAAGACAAAAAGAAAAAGAAGAAAAAGAAAUCCCACAAAAAGAAGAAGCAAAAGAAAGUGAAAAAGAACAAAAAGAAGAUAUCCGAAUCUAGCAGUGGAGAAUCUGAAGAAGAGAAUGCAAAUAAUGAAGCUAUCUGGGUAGAAAAAACAUGUGCACAUAAUAAAGAUGUUGUGGUCGGACCCGAAGCUCCCAUGCAACAAUCUGCACAAGAUGAUGACAAACCUUUGAAUUACGGUCAUGCUCUGCUUCCCGGUGAAGGUGCUGCCAUGGCUGAGUACGUGAAAGCCGGGAAGCGUAUUCCAAGAAGAGGUGAAAUUGGUCUGACGAGUGAGCAGAUUGCUGCCUUUGAACAGUCUGGUUACGUAAUGAGUGGCAGCAGACAUCGCCGUAUGGAGGCUGUGCGUCUACGUAAAGAGAACCAGAUUUACAGUGCAGAUGAGAAAAGGGCUUUGGCUUCGUUUAACAAGGAGGAGCGAUUAAAGAGGGAAAACAAGAUCCUGUCUGGCUUCAGAGAAAUGGUUCACAGAAAAACUAAAGGAAAGGAAGAAAAAUAGAGACCUUUUUUUAAAAAAGAAAGCCGCUUAUAGUAUGGUCUUUAAAACCAGAAAUUCAUUAAAUGCACAGCAGGUCAAUUGAAGAAGAGGUAAUUGUUUCAAAUACAUGAUUGAAAUAUUAAUAUAUUUUCUUUUAGAAGCUAAAUGACUUGCUAUGUGUUUCUACCCUGUUUUCAGUUUCUAGCAUUUUAUAAUUUUUCUUUUUAAAAAGUGUAUAAUUGAGCCAUGGAUGUUAAAUUCAUUGUCUUUGUUACUUUAGUUGGUUCAAAUUUAAUGUUAGCAUUGUAUACUUAACAGAUUUCUACAUUUUUAUAAAAUAACUUCAGUUCAUUGCAAACUUGCUGUAAAAUGAUAAAAUUAUUAAUACCUUAUUUGACAGAUUACCUUUCAUUUGUAUUACAUUCAAAUCAAUUAGUCCAAGGAAGGAUGGAAUUCUUCAUGAUACUCUGAUUCUAACAGUGAAUAGAUCAGACAUCUCAAACAGCCUUCAUUGUUAACAAAUCCCAUCCUGACUGAUGGUAAUGCAAACUUUGAUCUUCGAUCUCACCAUUGUUUAUACAACCAUUGAAGUUAAACUUGGGAGUAGCUGAAAGAUGUCACAAAAACAGAUAAUCUGAAGAUUUGAGGAUUCACAUUGCUAUGCUGUGGCCUAAAAGGUUAAACUUGCAGUGUAAAGUGCUUAUUGAUAUAUGGAAAAUGCAAGGCAAUUCUUCAGUGUUCCCUUCUAUCUGGUUAAUUAUUCAGGUCUUUACCAACAUUUACAUGUGGCUUCCCAAACUUCGAGCUUUUAGCCCAAGCUUUCAGCUUUCACCGUAAUUAAUCCAUUGAAAGUGACAGCAACUUUGACAGUUUGUACACAUGCAGAGUAGAGUAUCCAAUCCUCCAGAGGGUGUUUUGUCAAAUUGCUCCCUAGAGUACAAUCCAUAAAUAAUCAGUGGAUUGAUAAAAACCCAGAUAUUUACAGUGUUUGUCUUACUGCAAAAGCCCUAAAUAUGUUUGUUGAAUAAAGUGUCACUGGGUUUUGAACAGCGCACCAACUUCAUAGUUAAUGUUGAACACCCCAAUUGGCCUUGGAAAAACUAUUUUAGUGGCAAAUUGCUCCACUAUUAUAACAGUUCAUACUUUUAAAACAUCUUGAUACUUGUUUAACUUCUAAUUAAUCCAAAGAUAAGAUUACCAUUUAUGUUGUUCUGACAAUUUAGAAGUGAAAAAUAAAGUGUUUAAUUUCCU